AUGGCAGACGCCAGGGCUAUAGAGCGAGGCUUUGACAAGCAUCCUGACUAUCCGACAUGGUCACGCCAGGGCUUGCUCAUGAAGGACCUGGACGAUCCAAAGCUGGGCGGCGACAAGGGUGUGCAGCAGCUGCUUCGCAUGGUUUCCGGCGAGGAGUCGGAAGGCAUACCGGAACUGCCCCUCCGGUGGCAAGCGCGGAAUGUGACUGUCCAGGAGACGCCAGAUCCCCAGAGCCAGCUGCACAUGGACACCUUCGCACCGAUCGUGAAGGUCUGGGUCUUCCAAGAUCCUCCCGGGGUGAGCUUGGAUGAGGGUCCGCUCCUGUUUUCACAGCGGAGUCACCGGAAUUCCGAGGCCAAGCUCCGGUGGAUGCAUGCCUAUGCGCAAGAGCCAGCCUCUGAGGCAAGGGCCGAGCCGUCCUUUCGCCUGCGAGGUUGCGCAGCAGCGGCCAAAGCUGCCGCAGACUUCGUGCAGGCCGUGGAAGGCCAUUCGAUCCUCGAGGCAGCCGCCCCGGCACAGCCGGUGCUGCCCCUGCCGGGUGUGCGCCGGACGCUCGUUCUGGCAGACACCAGCGCGCUGCACGCGCGAGGUACCGGCGUGCCAGGUCGAGUUCGCUCCUCCUGGCGCCAGGCCGGUGAUAACGACGGUGGCCUCAAGCGGCUGAAUCCGUAUCGCUGGACGGAGGCCAAGCCAGAGCUUUGA